CUUGUCAAUGUGUGUCAUGUCAGUACAUUGUAUGUCUAUUAUAAGUCUAACAUAGCUCAUCACCCCUUUAUUUUUAGGGUAAGAUCAUGACGUCUAAAACUGAUAAUCCUCCACCCUACGAGGAUGCACUUCACCAUCCUAAGUAUGAAAACUACCCCCACCAGCCACAACAUGGCUUCCCUCUUCCAGCACCUCCAUCUUACAGCCCCAGUCCGGGCAUGUGCCCCGGCCCGCCUGGCUACUGGGGCCAUGAGAGUGGCUGCCCGCAAGCUGGGAUGUGGGCUGCCCCUGGCUUCUCUCCAUCUGGGAUGCCCACCACAAUACCCACUUUGUCUGCUGGAGUGCAGUCCAACCAAGGAGUCAUGGAGGAUUUUUUGAGCACCCAGUGGGAAAGCACUUCUGUUCGGCACACCUUCAUUCGAAAGGUUUACUUAAUUUUAACAGCACAGCUUGCCGUCACCUUUUCAGUUGUUGCUGUCUUUACAUUUGUUGACCCAGUGAGGCUGUUUGUCAUCAGAUACCCUGGCAUCUACUGGGCAUCUUUUGUGGUUUAUUUUGUGGUUUACUGCAUUCUUGUCUGCUGCAAAGAGCCGAGGAGGCGUUUCCCAUGGAAUUUUGUGCUGCUGGGAGUAUUUACUGUUGCCUUGUCCUACAUGUCUGGAACAAUUUCGAGCUAUUAUGAAACAAAAGCAGUGUUGCUCGCCAUGGGAAUAACAACAUUAGUUUGUAUAGCUGUCACAAUCUUCUGCUUCCAAACCAAGGUGGACUUCACUUCCUGCGGGGGACUUCUCUGCAUUGCUUCCGUCGUGCUCAUGAUCAUUGGAAUUGUUACGGCCAUCAUCCUCUCCUUCCACUAUAUCCCUUGGCUGCAUAUGCUCUAUGCUGCAAUUGGAGCCGUCGUUUACACUCUGUUUUUAGUAUACAACACCCAGCUUCUUAUUGGAAAUAGGGAGUUGGCCAUCAGCCCAGAGGAGUACAUCUACGGAGCUCUCUCUCUCUACAUUGACAUUGUUCACAUCUUUCUCUUCAUCCUUCAAGUCAGUGGAGCUGCUACUGAUUAAGCCCAGGCCACAUCUUGUUCUCUGAAAAUUCUGAAAUUCCAAACUAUUCAUUUAACUAUAUAUAUAUAUAUAUAUAUAUAUAUAGAGUUAAAGUUUUUGAGUUGGUAACGCUUGAGCACUUUGAUUUAUUCUUGCAAUGUAUGAAGCAGGGCAGUGAAUUACGUCUUUUACUACCCAACUGUGAAUGAGAGAAACUAAAGCAUACUUACGGUUGUUUUUUAAAAUUUUGUCUUGCCUUUUUGUUUCAGCAAGUGGUAUUUUAGUAGAUCAUGUAACCAUGAGAGAUUACAUUAAGCAGAUACUGGAGGUGAU